AUAGGUCGCCACGUACAAAAGAAGAGCCAUGGCCACACUCCACAUUGAGUGUAAAAUGAAAGUAGCAGUAGGAUUUAUAUGGAGCUUCAUCUCCUUCUUCCUCCUGCUCUCUCUUGGCAUCCUCAAGGGGACAAUAAUCGGCCCAAUUGUGGUGCUCAUAAUGAUGGUCGGCAAUUCGUCGGUGGCGAUUGGGCUUUGGCCGGCGCAUUUCUUCUGGACUUACUACUGUCUUAUCAAGACCAAAAGGCUUGGAUGGGUGUUGAAAAUGGUCAUACUUUUCUUAUUGUUUCUGCCUCUUGUGCUGUGGCCGCUGGCCGCUGUAGCUGGCAGCCUCCUCGGCGGCAUAGGUUUUGGGUUUUUCGCACCCUUGAUCGCCACUUUUGAAGUCAUCGGCACUGAUCACAAAGACAAGUGCUUUCAUUGCCUUGUUGAUGGUUGUUAUUCAACACUCGAAGGCAGUUGCACGGUGGUUCGAGAUUUUACAGAUCUUUGCUUCCAUUCUUACUUCUCCUUCAUGGAUGAUCUCAGUGAAGAAAUGCCCGCUGGCGAGAAACCAGUCGAUAUCCGAUUAUCCAAGGUGCCAAAGUGUUUAUUCAUCAUUCCAGUAGCCAUUGCGAUUGAUGUGCCGCUGAUAACCGCUGUGGCUCUAUGCAAGAGCCCAUAUAUGUUGAUAAUAGGAUGGAAGAGGCUAUUAGAAGAUCUAAUUGGGAGAGAAGGCCCGUUUCUCGAAACUGUUUGUGUGCCUUUUGCCGGACUUGCAAUUGUUUUAUGGCCUCUGGCAGUUUCCGGAGCAGUGAUCGCUGCUUUAUUCUCGAGUUUUGGUCUUGCUCUAUACAGUGCCAUGAUCGUUCACCAGGAAGAUUCGGUUAAGUUCGGGCUUGCAUACAUUGUGGCUGUAGUUUCAUUGUUUGAUGAAUACACAAAUGACCUGCUUUAUUUAAGGGAGGGAUCAUGCUUUCCAAGACCAAGAUACUGUGAGAACAUGAAAACUUCAGAUGGGCUCGAGAGAAGGAAUUCAUAUGGUAAUGAUUUAAAGAAUGAAAAAGAAAGCACGAGAGGUUCUAGGCUGGUUUCACAACGGUCAAGAACUUUGAAGCAGGCUCUCCAGCAGUACACACCUGUGCAGGUGUGGGAUUGGCUGUUUAAAUCAUGUGAGGUGAACGGUAGAAUACUUCUUCGUGACGGUUUACUGGACGUUAAAGACAUCGAGGAAUGCAUUGUUAAGGGAAAAUGUAAGAAGUUGGGCAUAAAAUUACCCGCAUGGUCCAUAUUGCAGUGUCUUCUUGCGUCGGCAAAAUCUGAAUCUCCCGGUUUAGUUAUCUCAGAGGAGGUAGAACUAACAAGAACAAACUUACCGAGGGAUAAGGUUUUCGAGUGGUUCAUUGGGCCACUUUUGAUCAUGAAGGAGCAAAUCAAGGGGCUUGAAUUGAGCGAAUAUGAAGAGAUCUGCCUGCGAAAACUCGUGAUGAGAUACAAGAACGAGAAACACGAAGACUGGGAUGAUAGCGGUUUCCCGUCUAGUGAUCAUGUUAGACGGGCACAACUACAAGCCGUCAUUCGAAGGUUGAAGGGGAUAGUGGGUUCCAUGUCUAGGAUGCCAACUUUCAGAAGGAAGUUUAGGAACUUGGUUAAGGUGUUGUAUCUUGAGGCGCUUCAGGCGGGAAUUAUAGCGAGCCAGGACGGCGGAGGUUCAACAAGUUGGCUUAGUGGUCACGGCUCGGGCUCGGUUGGAAAACCGGGUCUAACCGUGGCCCAAGACACUCUAGAUUCUAUGGAAGUGGUAUGAUUUGUUUCAAUUCGACUUCGUUGAUACACUUUUGCAUGACUAGGUCCACCCGAACCAUCUUAGGUGAUUCGGGCUUGGUUUGAAGCGUGGGUGCAUGUGGAAAUGGUGACCGAUCGCGUGCACAUAUCAUGUAAUAUAUGCCGAUGGAGAUUAAAAUUUUAUCGGUAGGAAUAUAUAAACAUGUGCUUGUUAUUCCUACAUGGUUAUGGUUUUGAGUUGAUGUAUAUAUAAUACUAGCUUAUAUCCCGUGUGACACACGGGUUCAAAAAACAAAAUUUAAAACAUAUUAAUAAAUAUGAUGUAUGCAUUCAGUAUCUGGACUGUAUGU